UCCAUUUUUACCAUAACAGGUAGCAGUUGUAUUUGAAGUAUUGUUUAAAUAUCAGGACAUAAAGUUUAAGAUGAUGCUGACAGAGGCCCACUUCAAAAUUUUGCAACCGGUCAUCUUUAUAUGUAGAAUUUUUGGUCUUUGUCCAGUUACGUUCAAAAAAGUGGGAAACUAUUACCAAAUCAGAUACAAUAGCAUCAUGGUGUUAUACAGCUAUGCAGUAUUAAUAGUAUUUGGAACAGCUACAAUAUUAGGAGUUAGGCGCGAUAUCGAUGCUGGAGCUAAUGCAGUAAGAAUGAAGAAUAGUCGAACAAGAUAUAUAACGAUUUCAGAUAUGGCCAUGGUGUUUAUCAUAGCUUUUUGUGGGGUCGUUACUAUCCCCUAUAGGAUGAAGAGAUUUGUGAGAAUGGUCGAUAUAUGGAGCAUUGUAGAUAAAAUGCUUCCAGUAACAGAAUACCGAAAGUACCAAAAAGUUUCCAUAAUUUUAAUAAUCGGAGGCGUAGCAGCAACGACAGCUUUAUUCUUAUUUGAUAUGUUUAUUUACUGUAUGCAGUGGCGUAUAUCAAACAACCCGACUUUUUACGUUCAAAACUACAUUGGAUAUUAUAUGCUCUAUUUCAUGAUGAUCUUUCAAGAAAUUUUCUUCUGGCACCUCGUAUUUUUCAUUCACUUGCGUAUCAGAUCAUUAAAUGAGCAGCUUUUUAUCGAAAGAAAUAAAAUGAAAAAUAAUCCAAAGAAGGUUUUUUGCAUACCGUACUCUUUAACUAAUAACGGCAAGAAACAAGAAAUGCUUGUAGAAAACGUACAGAUUUUUGAAAAAGUAAGCACGGGACCCACUUCAGAUGAAAAACCUAAAAAAAAUACUGAAGAACGGAUCCAAGAACUUAUGAAUAUCUACGGCAAGAUCAGAGAAUCAGUAGAAAUUUUAAAUGAUUCAGCAUCUUAUGGAGUGGUUCUUAUAAUUCUAAGCUGUUUACUGCAUCUGAUUGUGACUCCUUACUUCUUAUUGGCCGAAAUUUUCAAAAAGUCGCCUUCACCAGUUUUUAUGACCCUUCAGGCGGUAUGGUUUGCUGGACAUAUUGGGAGGCUUCUGAUAAUGGUUGAACCUUGUGAAACCUGUCUACGAGAGUACAAGGUUACAAAUACACUGGUAUCAGAGCUGUCGCUGCUAGAUUUUGACACCACAACUAAAAAAAACUUAAAAGCUUUUGCGUCACAAUUCUCGUAUGCCACCAUAAACUUUAAUGCUUGUGGAUUUUUUAAUAUAAAUAGGAGCUUGCUGACAUCCGGAAUAUAUUUUAGGUUGCUGGUGCAGUUACAACUUAUCUCGUUAUACUGUUUCAAGUGAAUGGGCAUGACGAUGACUAAUUUGAUAUGUACCUAAAUAUAUGGCCGCGAAGUAUAAGGAAAAAGUUAAUAAAAUUCUGUGUUUUAACAUAUACUAUAGUGAUAUAAUAUAUGAGUUUUUCAAUUA